AUGUUUCUGUUCGGACUUCUUGCAAUAAUCAAUGAUGCAUUCCCAGAAUGUACUAUCACGAACAACGAAGGUACUAGAAAUUAUGUAUUUCAAUCAAUUAAAAUUCCUGCUGGUGAAUGCAUGACAACAACCUAUAAUGCAAUGUUAGGAACCUAUGGUAAUGAAAGCAAAUAUAAAGUAUCUUACAAAACCGCAACAAUAGAAAACGAUGAACUGAAAUAUAGUAACGAAAUUCAAUAUGAAUUUCAAAAUCCAAUAUUUUUAAAUAAAGACGGAAGCUCAAUGAUAUAUUACAAGAUACAGGCUGUUAAUCCUCAAGAGGAGCUUGUUCUUUACUUCUCUUCAAUUAAUCCAACUUCUAGAGACGAAUAUACAAAUCAGGAUAGUUUCAUUAUCAAUUCUUAUUCUGGUUCUGUUACAAUAGUUUCUGACAAAGACAAAGAGGUUAAUCUUGCCUUCAUCUUAAAGCAUCAAGAGCAAAGUGUAACAAUCGAUUCAAAUGUUAGUAUUAGUGUUCAAUAUGGUGAUAUUAAUUGGGGCUCAAGCUCUCAUACUUUAACCUCGUCAAAUCCACAGAAUUUUAGAAUGAAGUUCAGUCAACCAACUAAAUCAAAAAUUUCAUAUUCAACUCCAUCAUGGAAUUCAAUCUUUGAUGAGAAUCAACUCCCAUUUUAUGCAGGAAUUGUUCCUCUAAUCAAUGGACCAAUUGCAUAUCACAUAGCAAAGAAUGCAAUAUUCGAACGUGAUCAGGCAUUACAAGACCAAGAAGAUGCAUCAUACUAUUCUGAAUGCAAAUACUCAUACACAAGGAAAGACAAUACAGUCAAAACAUUCAAUCUUAAGUCAGGUGAAUGCUUACGAACAUCAACACCAGUAAUACUUUCUGGAAAUAAAGAUUAUUAUGCUGAUGGAGUUAUCAUUAAAAGUGAUGGAAGAGAAGCUGGUUCAUUUAAAUCACAAAGUCCAUUGUUCUUGUCAGUAAAAGAUGAAGAACAUAAUGUUUAUUCGAAGAUCACGUGUUAUGAAGCAAAAGAAUGUUCAGUCCAAGUAUCAAAGAUUAUGCCAACAACAGAUCAAACAACGUCAUUUGUGACUACAACAAAUAAAGAUCCUAUUUCAGAACCAGUCACAAAAUUAAUGAGCAAAGGACAUUCAUUCGUUUCACUGAAACCAUUGAUAAUCAAGAUUGAAUCCCAAAAUGGUGUAUAUCUUUCUCGAAAGAACACAUUAAAAUACGAAUUAAUCAAGCCAGAAAAAACGAUCCUUACACAAGGCUCAGAUGCAUUUGUAUUGCACAGAGAUAUGUUAGACAGUGAAUAUAAAAUAACAAUCAUCGAAGGAAAGGCAUCAUCCGCAGAUGAAGUUUUUUACUUCCCCGAAUAUUCAGGUGAAGUUCCGUUAAAAUCAGGUGCAGUUGAUGUUUCUGGUGUUAAAACAGUUAAACCACAAGGAGGCAACGAAGAUGAAGAAAAUAGCAGAAAGCCAAGUGGUCCAGGGGCAAUGAUGGCUCUUUAUAUAGUCAUUGCUCUAAUUGUUAUUGGAGCAAUUGUCGGAGUUGUUGUAUUCUUUGUCAUCAAGAAGAAGAAGAAAGAUUCAGAAAACACACAAGAAACAGCAGCCGAACCAUAA